AUGGGUCAGCGAGUGCGAUAUGUCACGCUGGACGUCUUCACUUCUCAGCCGUACGCCGGAAAUCCGUUGGCUGUUGUGUUCCUGCCGAACCCGAAGGGUUCCGCUCCUCCGCUCACCCAGAGCCAGAAACUAACUAUCACGCGUGAAUUCGAUUUGUCCGAGACGAUCUUUGUGCACGAAGGCAGCGGUGAGAAACGCACAAUUGACAUAUUCACCACCGCUUGCGAAAUCCCUUUUGCCGGUCAUCCGACCAUAGGUGCUGCAUCAUGGUUUCUUUCUCACUCACGAGCCAAAGAAGAUGGGGAACUGGUUCGCUGUUUGGUAACGAAGUCCGGUGAAAUUCCCAUCUCGCUGCAGCAGCCACCUACGAAGCAUGCGGUGGUGGCGAGGAUUGCACAUAAUGUCCGUUUUCAUGCUGCGAGGUACCCGCUGAAUGAACUGCUUCGACUUCAUCCAUCCUUGGCUCCAUUUUUCCCAGCCGCAGUUCAAGGGGGGGUAGAUUCAUUUCCGAUAGUUUCGAUCGUCAAUGGGAUGAGUCAGGUCCAUGUUGAACUACCCUCUCUGGAAGCCCUCGCAGCCGUGACGACCACAUACGAGGUCGUCCCGGUUGAUGGCACAUAUUUGGACGAUGGAUGGGGCUCUGGCCACUGCGUCAAGUAUUUCUACGUGCGAGAUGUUGCGGAUGCUCGUCUAGGACGGAAUGUCAUCCGUACCAGGAUGAUACUAGGAAACGAAGAAGAUGCGGCCACUGGCAGCGCGGCCAGUGGGUUGGUCGCAUAUCUGUCACUGACGAACGGAAAGCCUGGGCAGUACAAGUAUGACAUUGUGCAGGGGGUGGAAAUGGGGAGGCGUAGCGACAUUGGCAUUGAUAUCACAAUCAGCCCCGGGAAGGAGAUUGAAAGUCUCGACUUGAAAGGAGCUGCAGUGAUGGUGGCCGAGGGAACAAUCCUGGUCCCUGAGGAGUAA